AUAUAGUCGUUAUGGGAGAGGAGGAGUGCACAUUAGAAGAAAUUGAAGAUGACGGUUCUAAAAAGUUUUCAUUGUGGAGUCAGUUCGAGAAUCACGUUAAAGCGAUUAGCGACGAUUCCACUCACCUUUUAGAAAUAGGAACAAAAGUUAACUUAAAAACACCUAGUACGCAUUUUGCUAAGGUCAAAAGAGAACUUGAAAAGGAAGAAAAAGCCAAAGAAAAACCUUCGUUAAAUAACGUCUCUUUUUUACAGUCAUUGAACAAAGAUACGGAUGGAGAAAUAUCUACUAAACCAAAAAUAUCUGAGAACGUUCAAAAAAUUGCAAAAAGAGGAUGGGGAAAGAUCAAACGUAAUGUUGAAGACGUUAAAGCUGAUAGAAAGGCGGCUAGUUCCGAUAAAAAUUGGGGUGUGCUUAAGCACUGCCUCGAAAAUAUGACUCAAAGUGAAGACGUUGUUAGGCAAAAACUAUAUGAGCGUUACUUGAAUGAUCCAUAUAAAUGGAGAGAGAAUUUAAGCUACUAUCCGCCUCACGUCCUACAGCAAGUUGAACAAGAGAGGAGAGCUAGAGAAAGGAAUGAAAGAUCUAUAAGCGCUGCAGUACGAGGUCGAAGGCCAAUGUCGAGAAUUUCUACUGCAACAGAAUCACGAAGCACACCUGUACCAACUCAAAGGGCAAGGCCAAAGAGUACACCAAUUAUGAAUUCUCGAACUCCUUUUAUCAAAUCUGCAUGGAAAUAAUUAUUAUUUUAUUACUAAAUAGAAAAUAUAAGAAUGUAAAAAUUAAAAGAAAUUUG